UGAUGAAUUAAAUAACAUCAAGUAAUUUUUUUUUUUUUUGCAUUGAAAUUUCAUAGAACGCGUAUAAAAACGUUUACUUGUGCAUUCUACCAGAUCCACCUCUCUUGGUCUCUGUCUCCUCGUCUCUCAUUCUUGCCCUCCGUUCGUUUCUGUGAUUUAGGCUUCGUGGGUAUUAUUCAAAUGGGCUUCCCAGCAAACGGGUCUUCGUUGGAUAAGCCAUUGAAGUUCCUGAUCUAUGGCCGGACCGGCUGGAUUGGGGGACUCCUGGGAAAACUCUGCGAAUCCAUGGCCAUUGACUUCGAAUACGGCUCCGGGCGGCUCGAGAACCGAGAGUCGUUAGUGGCGGACCUGGAGGCUGUGAAGCCCACCCACGUUUUCAACGCCGCCGGUGUCACAGGCCGCCCCAACGUCGACUGGUGUGAGUCCCACAAGGUGGAGACCAUCCGGACCAACGUGGUCGGCACCCUCACCCUUGCUGAUGUUUGCAGGAACAAGGGACUCGUACUCAUCAAUUACGCCACUGGCUGCAUCUUCGAGUACGACUCGGAUCAUCCCCUUGGCUCGGGUAUUGGCUUCAAGGAAGAAGACACCCCCAAUUUCACCGGAUCUUUCUACUCCAAAACCAAGGCUAUGGUGGAAGAUUUGCUCCACAAUUAUGAGAAUGUCUGCACCUUGCGUGUGAGAAUGCCCAUUUCAUCUGAUUUGACCAAUCCACGUAACUUCAUUACUAAGAUCACCCGGUAUGACAAAGUAGUGAACAUUCCCAACUCAAUGACCAUCUUGGAUGAACUCCUUCCCAUAUCUAUUGAGAUGGCAAAGAGAAACCUUACUGGGAUAUGGAACUUUACAAACCCUGGAGUCGUCAGCCACAAUGAGAUCUUAGAGAUGUAUAGGGACUACAUUGACCCCAGUUUCACAUGGAAGAACUUUAAUCUCGAGGAACAGGCAAAGGUGAUCAUUGCCCCAAGAAGCAAUAACGAGCUUGAUGCCACCAAGUUGAAGCAGGAGUUCCCAGAAAUGUUGUCCAUCAAGGAGUCCCUUAUCAAGUAUGUAUUCAAGCCAAAUCAGAAGACUGCUCAAGCUUGAUAGGAUUCAGUUGAAGCGAAAAUUCCCAAGCCAUGUUUAAUAGGGAAUCCUGCUUUCAUAAUCUGCUCAAGCUGUAUUGAAAGCCAGUCAAGAUCUAAAAAACUAGGUUUGAACUUUUUGUUUUCCCUGUUUGGUAUUUUUUGAAUUUUGUUCAUUUGGGUUGAUGUAAUAUCUUCACUCCUCUUCCCAGAUGACAUGCAUGAUUGCUCUAUUUGUAUCUCUUUCGAUGUUGUAUUUGUAACUUUAUCAGAAAUAAAUUAGUCAGAAGUGAUUUAUCAAGUUA